AUGUCGCUCGACAGCAACGGUCACGGCGCCGGCAACGUCAGCAGCAGCAGCAACAACUCCCACGCGAGCCACCCUGCCUCCGACGUCUCGUCGCCUCCUGCCGUCACCCCCGAGAUCAAACCCACGCUCCACGACCAUGACAAGAACGUCGCGUCGCCCCUGCUGGAGGCUCUGUCGACAACUUCGGUAUCUGCGAGCACCGCCCCGAGCAUGGCCAACGAAUGGGCCCGCGGGGCCAUCAUGGCUGGUUCCCCCGGCAAUCUCAUCAACCUGAACAGUGAAUCGCCGCCCACGCAGCCUUCAUCCUACGAGGACUCGGGACGCCUGCACCACGCCUGGCCCGCCGCCCACCGGCCCUUCAUGAGUCCCUCCCCGGCGUCGCCCUCGCCUCCCCAUAGCAACCGCCGGCCCCUGAGCUUCCAAAUGGACGCGCAGUACCACGUCCCCGGCACCUCGCCCCGUGGUGUGUCGACUGUUCCGUACCGCAGGAGCUCCCUGCACUCUCCCUAUCCAAACUCCCGGGCCAGCCCGCACCCACCCCUCCCGCAUCAGCCUCAACCGCAUUUCUACGGCGCGCACGACCUCGACCUGACCAUCACACCCCAGUCCGGCGGCAUGAAGCCCGGCGACCACGGCUUCUUCUUCGGCUUCGAUCGCCUGCCAUCCCCCGACAGCUCCACUGCCUCGGAGCAGGUCGUCCUGGCAGGCUACGAGGGCGGCCUGCAAGUUUAUGCCGUCGGUAAGAGGGGUAUAGAUCUGGUGGCAAACCUGAAGGGUCUUCGGGGUGGCGUCCACCAUGCCAAGAUUCUUCCGUGGACGAUUGGCGGCGACGCUCACCUGUUUCCCCUGGUUGCGGUCGUCGUGCAUGGGCCCGUGCUACCACCAAGAGCUGCGAAUGGAGCGCCCAAGGAGGACGCUGCAUCUCGUGUGACGCCAGACGAUGGCACGAGCCCGAGGCCUGGGUUUGCCCCCUUGGAGGGUGUCCAGGGCCGGCCAGGCUCGGCACUCAUGUCGUACCAGACGGCAGUCGAGGUGUACUCCCUCAAGACAAACAAGCUGGUCGACGUCCUACUGCAGGCGCAGAAGGUGCCAAUCAACACCGAGGUAUCCCUUUCCAGCCCGCUCUUCCAACCACCGCCGCCGACCGGUGCUCUCACGAUCAAGGCCGAUUCCGGAACCAUUGCAGUCUGCUCGGGCACGACGGGAGAGUGCUGGGUUUAUCGCCAGCUGCUCGAGCCCCAAAACUCCCACUUCUUCGCCUGCUCUGGCAAGAUAUGGACGACGAUUCAGCAGGGCAGAGCUAGCGAAGUUCCCGAGGAGAGCGACAAGACCUACCCGUCGGUUGCACCGCACCGACCGAGCCCGCAGACCCCAAUCUUGGCCCUCAACGGCCACUGGAUUGCAUACUGCCCGGCAGCGCCCUCGUCGCAGAUCUCCCUGCGAGCACACAUUCCGGUACCCAUUCUGGGACGAGCUCCGGGGGUGUCCUCUAUGACACCACCUCACCUUCCCGCUGUCACUUCUUCCGUGGAUCUGCCAAUCUCGGAUAGCAUGGUGAACAAGAUUAUGCGGGAGACGACCCAGGAACUGAUUCAAGGUGCCAAGUGGGUUGGCCAGCAGGGUCUACAGGCCUGGAAUUCGUAUUGGAACAAGCCAUCGAGCCCGCAGUCGCAGCCGCAGCAGGCGAGGUCUCCGCCACAGCAGUGGGCAGGCUCCCGCUCUCCCCAGACGGACGCAGCUCAGUUUCCGCCAACGCACGGGACGUCUUCGCCAGCUACCGCCAAAGAGCCUGGCAUUGUUGCGAUAUUGGAUACGGAGACACUCGCCAGCUCAAAUACCAUUCACCCCUUGACCACGUUUGCAACCCCGCUAGGAUGCAGCUUCUUGUCGUUUUCGCCAUCUUCGCUGGCUCUCUUCACGGCCAGCACGAAGGGUGACGUUCAGACAGUUUGGGAUUUGCUUCGCAUUCAGCACACGCAUUCAUCGCCACUGCAGACGACCUUGGCUCAGAAUGACAGCAGCGGUCCUCUGGUGCGCCAAGUGGCGCAGUUCUCGCGCAUGACUGUCGCGCGCAUCGUCGACGUCGUCUGGACCGCCCCUCAAGGAGAGAGACUGGCCAUGGUCACUGAGAGGGGCACCAUCCACCUGCUGGAUAUGCCCUUCAGCUCCUUCAUGUGGCCGCCGCCUCGUCGGCGCAAGGUGGCCGCUAAGAGCGCGACAGAGCAGACGGAGGUGUCUGGUUCCGCCGUUUCAAUGGCAUCGGGUGCUUUUGGGGCCGCCUACCAGGCUGCGAUGCCGUUCGUGACGCGCUCACGUCGGAGCAGUGGUAACGUCCCUGCGACGCCGGCCAAUACCUUGAGGGACUCGGCGGCCCAGGGUGGCAGGGCCAUCGCAGCGACCAUCAGCCAUUCUCUCGGCAAGACGGGAACUGCCAUCAGCCAACUGCGACACACGGGCGAGAACCGAGUCGCACUGCCGACGAGCGCCGUCCUGCCUUCUGGCGCGUGCGUCGCGUGGCUCAGAGGUCGCAGGUCUCAAGUCCUCGUGUCUGUCGGUGGCGGUUUGGUACGCCUGUUCCCGUGCAAGGCGCGCCGGUCUUCGACCGUGGCAGGGAAUCGCAUCGCCCGUGCGAACAAGUACAAGGACUUCAAAGUACCCCUGCUUCCCGACGACGUGGUGGCUCCGAUUGUGAGGCAGAUCCUCGAGUUGGGCGCCGUGGACGAGUAUCUUGAACUAUCCGACGCCGAGAUGGAAGCGGGCAACACAAUGACAUUGAAGGGCCAUGCGCAGGCGAGCCCUCCAGUUCACGGAAUGGAUGUCACGAUUCCACAGGCAGAGAUCGAGUCGAGCGCGCCCUACCAGCCUUUCCACACAGACCGCCGCGUUGCGCUCUGUGAGUACGUCCGCGAGGGUGGUGCUCAGCUGGAGUCCGCCUCUGUUCUUCUUGCCAACACCAACCAGGACGAACAGUCCAACACCAAAAAGAAAAAGAAACGCCAGCCCGCAACAGAGUCGCAUUCCAGCGAGUCGUCGGCAACAGGGGCAUGGGCGUUCGGGCAGGACAUGCCGACUGUGAGGAAGGACCUGGGCCUCCAGGCAGGAACCGACGAUGACAUCAGUUCCGAUGAUCAUCUUGCCCUGCCCCCGUCUGCCAUGGAACGGGUCAUGCAGUACGGUGAUGAGGAACACAUAGUGGUGACGACUAGAAGACGCCGCGGUCCGCGCUCGGGAGAGGGGGACGAGGACGGCUUCUUUGAGGACGACUGUGAGGUGCUGGACUUUGCUGACCAGAGAGUCUAA